GCCCAGCCCCAUUCCCUGCCCCCCAUCCUCCCCAAGGCUUUAAAUGCCCAUGUCCCCCAGCUCUGCACACUUACACCUCUCAGCGACACAGCAGCAUGAAGUCAGUGGCUGCUCUUCUCCUGGUAGGGAUGCUCAUCCUCUGGACGGAGCUGCCAGCAGGCAGCGCCUGGUCCUGCCCGCCCGUCCGCUACCGCUGCAUGAUGCAAAACCCACCCAACCAGUGCCUCACCAACCGGCAGUGCCCGCCGUACAAGAAGUGCUGCCCCUCCUUCUGUGGCAGGAGAUGCAUCUCAAACCCAUCGUACCCCCCUUUGAUCUCCGUGUAAGCUCCUGCUCCCAGGACAGACCAAGGUGCCUUCUCAGCGUGCCCGAGCCACAUCUGGCACCAGCUAGCUGCACAUACCUCUGCUAAGGCUUGUCCUGCCCAAUGCUGCCUAAAUGGAAGGAUGGGAGCAGCCACCAGCCAUGCCCAGAGACCACUUCAGCUCCAGGACCACCGCUGACAGUGCUGCAGUGCUACCACCUCCCCACUGCUGCUUGAACGAAUAAAAGAGCUUGUUCAAG